AUGUCCAGGCACUACGAGCGAGAAGUCCGUGAGGACUUUGUCCGCAACCCAAGCCACUACCAUCGCGGCGACCCCCUUCCGGUUUCAAGGGAGCAUUCCCCCGAAUACUACUCCGGCGGUGGUGGGCCCAUACAGACGGUCUAUCCGGACGCUCGAGGACCCGUUUUGAUCGCCGAUGGUCCCUACCUCUCGGGCGCCAUCCCCGUCGAUACACCUCCUCCCGUCCAUCCCUACUACGGUCCUGAAUCGCCGCUGUCGCCCCGCGAUACAAAUGCCCUCCAGAUCCCACCCCAGCCCCGUUACCGCCCGCGCUCACUGCCUCCCCAGGCCCUCGCGGUGAGCCGACCGCGCUCCCGUUCCCGUCCUCGGAGUCCCAUCGGCAAAGCCCGCCACGCCAUCGACAACACCUUUACUCAGUCUUCCUCGGGCAUCGGUGUGGGUCUCCUGGGCGCCGUCGUCGGCGGCCUGGCCGCGCGCGAGGUCUCCGACGCCACUGUCCGAAACCGCAAUCAUAAAGAGAUGGAGAACGGCACGUACCGCCCGCGUUCACCCCGCGAGACGGAGAAGGCUCGCGUCAUCUCCACCGUGGUCGGCGCUCUUGUCGGCGGUCUCGGCGCCAACGCGCUAGAGAGACGCUUCGAGGUCGCCCGCCACCGGGACAGAGAGCAGCAGGAAGCCUGGGAGAGGAAAUGGGGUAGGGAGCGCGACCUCCCGCACUACGAUACGGGCAGAGAUCACGAGAUGGACCACGGCAGGGGGCGUCCCCGCGAUCGACGCCGUGAAGAGUGGCAUGAUGGUUAUCCUCGGGACUACCCGUACGACGACCGAAGGACGGGGAGGUUGAGGAGCGAAGAGCGAUUUGCAUACAAGAACUGA